AUGGUAGCCCGGUGGCUGCUACCGCUAGUGCUUCUUCUCGGCCUCGCCGGCGUUCUUCAGGUCCAUGGCCAGGUCGACAAGUUAGCCAGUUUCAUAACGAUAGACUGUGGCCUGCCGGAGAAUUCCCCUGGCUACAUGGACAACGUCACCAAGCUCCGGGCAACCGGGGACGCCGGCUUCACCAACGCCGGGACCAACCACAACAUCUCCACCGAGUACAUCACCCCGACGAUGGGCUGGACUUGGCACACCGUGCGCAGCUUCCCCAUCGGCGUGCGCAACUGCUACACGAUCCGCCCAGUAGGAUCGGCCGGGCCCAACUACCUCAUACGCGCCUUCUUCAUGUACGGCAACUACGACGGUCUCGAUAGGCUGCCCAUCUUCGACAUUUACCUCGGCGUCAACUACUGGAAGACCGUUAAUAUCACUGGCGCUGACAUACCAUUGAUCGUGGAGGUCAUCGCCUACGUCUAUGGCGGCAUUGUGCAGGUAUGCCUCGUGAACACCGGCUCCGGGACGCCGUUCAUCACCAGCCUGGGUCUGAGGCCCCUAAAGACGACGCUCUACCCGCAAGUCAACGCGACGCAGGGGCUUGUUCUUAUCACCAGGUCCAGCUUUGGCACUAAUAAGACCGUGAGGUAA